ACGCUAUUUUGUGUUCCCUGACAAUUUCUGUGGAUAAACAAACACAUGCACUCUAUUUUUAAAACCCAAAGAAUAAUCACAGAGAACGAAAAAGCACGGAGUGGGGGUAGGUAUAUAAAGCUGCCGUAGUCCAUGCAUCUUAUCUUAUUGUUAUAGCAUCUGUUGAAGUUGAAUCCAAGUUGAAUCUGUUCGUCCUCAUUUGCCUUUGUUGUACACGUCGUAAUUGUUUAAUCGUUUUUGUUAAACUACCCCCAGUCCACUGAGUAGAAAUCAGCGCUGACGAGGUGCUCAACACUGCACGCACUACACUGUCCGGUAUGUAAGAGCCAGAAAACAAACGUUAUUAUAUAUAAAUUUGUAACUAAAAAAAAUACAAUUCAUUUGCCGCGUGUUGCGCGCUAUGCACGCAUUAACUAGUCUGAAGCCUAAAUAAAAUUUAAUAUAUAUUUUCCUGGAUAUUUUCUUUUUGCAAUUAAAUUUCACUUAAACGCGCGUGAAAUUAAUUGAUAAUUGUGUGUACAAUUAUAAAAACCGCUCGGAAUGCGAUCCCGAAUAUGAUUGUUAAGAAUGUGGAGCAUUGCGAUCAGCGAGAUCAAGUCGCACAGUUGCAAUUUUUGUAGCCAUUUAUUUUGUCGAAUUCAAAAUGCACCACAUUCUACGACGGUGUGUAGAUCAUGGAUUCCUGAUGACAAAUAAAAGGCGCUUGUGCCCCAGGCUUAUUAAAUUGUUUUGUUCUCAGUUCUGACAUACCAAAUAAUUAAAUAAUUAUUCCCAUUUUGUCGACAUGCACAGUCAAACACAAAAAGUGAAUAUUCAGAGAAGCAGCCGUUGCACAAAUAAUACUCUCUAGGAGUGCAAAGCCGAAGUAAGUGCUGAGCCCAAAACAGCAGACAGAGGAAUUCACCAGCUAGCUAGCUGCUUUGUCACCUCUUGAUCACGCGCACCUCUUUACAUACAUCAUGGCCACUACCACUAGCGGCAGCGGGCAGGUUGAUCCAAUCAUAGCCACAGAAAUGAAGAAGAAAAAACUUCUAAAACAUCCGUUGCCGGCGGACAUUUCAUCGAAAUCAGAUGAAAUUUUAACCGUUGCCUUGGAGGCCGCCAAAAAGCAGUCCGGUGGCGCGCCAGCAAAGCAACCUAGAUUUGCAAGCAAUGCUUAGUGCUAGGACUUCUCACCACAUUUAAAAAGCCUUGCAUUGAUGACCAACAGCUGUUGAUUGCAAAUUUCUCCCUCACGUGCAAAGAAAUAUUGAGCCUAGCAUAUCCAGAGCAAGCCAGAACCUCUGGCUUCUGCUGCGUAGAAGGCUGUAAACGAAGGGGAAGCAUGAGAGCUGACAAUUGUCCUCACCAAACAACAUAUUGCUGUGGUUGUGUACUAAAGGAUGGGAAGAAGUGUGCUAUAGAUGAAAAUUGUCCGUGGCCUGGCAACUCGUUUUUUACAAUAAAAAAUCGUCGACAAGGAGAUCAUGGUGGUGCAGCCGAAGAGAGUUUCGACGCAAUUCUUCAAUUAUCAACGGAGUUUGAGAAUGCAAAGAUACUGGCUACACCACUGACUUCGAACGAUAAGACUCGCUUUUCCAAGAUCCUAAGCGCAAUGAAUCUCGAUGUCUACAAGGAGCCUGCUGAUGCGAAAGCAUCAGCCUCAACCGCGAAACUGCCAGAUCAAGACAAUGUAUUUAUCUUUCUACAAAUCAUACUCAACGAGUUUCGCAAGAUAAAGAAGAUAAGCACAUCCCAAGAGCAGCUAGUUCUUCUCUACCAGUUUGCCCAGGCUUCAGGAACACUCUAUUCACACGUUUUUCUUGGCGAAGACCAUCUUUGCGGAAUUUGCUCUAUUGUGGCUGCUGAAUUCGAGUCCUCGUGUCGUCACGGCAACUAUUUUUGCGGUCAUUGCUGCUACAUGGAGGACAACAGCUCUUCGCUUUGUGACUGGAACGGAAAUCGCUACCUGCAGCUGCCGAAGUAAUCAAAUUUUCUCAUGGAUGUACCUGUUUAUUUGUUUUAUAUAUUAUUUAUUUUUAUUGAAUUUGUUUGCGUUUUAAAAUUUACGCUCACCUUUUUUUCGGCUACACCAAGCAGCAGAAAAAUAAGAAAAAGAACAACAAGAAUUGUCUGUGUCCGUGUCUUGUGAUCCCUCUGAUCGUCUGUGUGUAAACACAAAUUACACCUACCUAACAAAAAAAAUUGUCCGAGAUGAUUUAUAACUUUUCUUAUUUCAGGUUUCAAAUGUAGAAAAAUUGUAUGACAAAAAUAAAUAUAAGUUAAAUUGAA